AUGGCAUGUCAGACGUUCGCUGCUGACUCGUUCACCCCGCUGGCAGGGGAUUCACCUUUACCAAUCCUCAUGCACCACGGCUCCACCACCGACUGCCUGCCAGCCAGCUCCCACGGUCACAGCAUGGUCUCCGCAGUGUCAUCUGGGCUCUCCCUGGGUCAGACCUCCAAGCGCUCCCACAUGCACCUGUCCACGUCCUCCCUGGGCAACGCCCUUGGCAAUGCGCCCCCUGGCCUACAUUACCCCGUCACCCCGUGUCACUACAGCAACCAGCAGGCCACCUAUGGCAUGAUGACAGCACAGGAAAUGCUGUCCGCCAGUAUCUCUCAGACUCGCAUCCUGCAGACAUGUGGUGUACCUCACCCUAACAUGGUGAGUGGUGCAAACCCAUUGCAAGGGUCACUGACUCCCUGCAUUUACAAGUUUCCAGAUCAUGGGCUAAGUAGCAGUUCUUGUGCAUUCAGCCACGGUUUCUCCUCGCUGCCCUCUGCCCUCCUCAUGGCUGAUGAGGCCCCCGGAGGCCCCAGCGCCGAGGUGAAAACCGACGCCCAGAGGAAGAGCACACGGGACCCAGAGGACGUUCCCACCAUGGAUUCCCCACAGAUUCGAGAGCUGGAAAUGUUUGCAAAUGACUUCAAAAUACGCAGGAUCAAGCUCGGCUACACUCAGACUAAUGUGGGCGAGGCUCUUGCUGCAGUGCACGGCUCAGAGUUCAGCCAGACCACGAUCUGCCGCUUUGAAAAUUUGCAGCUGAGCUUUAAGAACGCCUGCAAACUAAAGGCCAUUCUGGCUAAAUGGCUUGACGAAGCUGAGCUUGCUGGCGCCUUGUACCAUGAUAAAAUAGGAAUAAAUGAGCGGAAGAGAAAAAGAAGAACAACUAUCAGCCUUGGAGCUAAGGAGGCCCUGGAGCGCAGCUUUGUUGAGAAGAGUAAGCCGUCUUCUCAGGAAAUAGCCCGGAUUGCCAAAGGCCUCCACCUGGAGAAGGAGGUGGUCCGAGUCUGGUUCUGUAACCGCCGCCAAAGGGAGAAACGCGUUAAAACCAGCCUUAACCUCAGCUCCUGUUUGGCAAAAAUCAGCCCUAACUGCAUCACACAAAUGAAUAAAACACAAAGACCAAUGAGCUGA